GCUCAAGUUAUUAUUCUUGAGAAUCGUUACUUUCUGGUUGAUAUACUUAUUUCCUUGAUACUUUAUUUCUCUCUGUUUCUCCAUGGGGUCCAUCAAAGAAAAUGCAAUUGGCUUCAUUGGCUUGGGGGCGAUGGGAAAGCCAAUGGCGGGGCAUCUGGCAAACAAACUUCCAGCACAAACACGAAUUUACGUCUUUGAUGUCGUAGAGUCUGUGGUAGAUGACCUAUGUGCUCACUUCCCAGACAAAGUGAUGAAAGGCGCGAAUGCGAAAGAUGUGGCAGAGAAAUCCGAAACUAUUAUAACUAUGGUCCCAGAAGGAACACACGUCAAAGCUGUCUACUUAGAUCCACAAACCGGCAUAUGUCAGUCAGAUAUCUCGGGCAAAUUACUGAUCGACUGCUCGACGAUCGAUACCCCCACAAGCCACCUCGUCAAAGACCACAUUGCGGAACACUUUCCAACGGCCUCUUUCUAUGACGCUCCAGUCAGCGGAGGGGUUGUCGGAGCUGUCAAAGGCACCAUAGCAUUCUUUUUGGGUGCUUCAGAUACCGAUCCCAAUCUGCCACGUUUGACAUCGCUGCUCCAGAUGAUGGGAAAGCAACUCAUACCCUGCGGUGGACCUACCUUCGGCCUGGCAGCCAAAUUGUCGAACAAUUAUCUGUCAGGCACGAUCGCUAUUGCAUGUUCAGAAGCUAUGGAUAUGGCCAUGCGAUCUGGACUUGAUCCCAGAGUUCUCGCGAAAGUUUAUGCAGCUGGUACGGCUCAGAAUACGAUUUGUGAUCGAUUCUGUCCUGUGCCGGGAGUUUAUGCUGAAGCACCGUCGUCGAAAGGAUACAAGGAGGGCUUCAAAGUUCAAUUGAUGAGGAAGGACUUUGCGUUGGCUGUUGAGAUGGCAAAGAGAGUGGGUUCGAAGAAUGUGCUUGGGGAAGUGGGGCUUGAGACGUAUACUGGUGUGAUGAAUGAUCCUAGAUGUAAAGAUUUGGACUCGAGAGUUGUGUAUAGAUACUUGGGUGGAGACGAGGAUUGGAAAGCCAAGAUUGAUAGUACAUGAAAGCUGGUCUCAAAUACACAUAUUUUUUCAUGAUGGUACGCAGUUCUCAACUACUUUCCGAAAUCGGACACUUGGGAUUUGGUUUGGUG